AUGAAGCUCACCUGGGACAUCAACGACCCCAAGCUGCCGCAGGACCCCAAGCACUUCGACGCCUUCCAGGAGUGGCCCGAUGGCUACGUGCGGCUCAUCUACUCGAGCGAGGAGAAGAAUGCGCAGCGGCACCUCAGCGGCUGGGCCAUGCGCAACACCAACAACCACAACUGCCAGAUCCUCAAGAAGUCCUGCCUGGGCGUGGUGGUGUGCGCCCGGAGCUGCGCUCUGCCCGGCGGGGCCAGGCUGCAGCUCCGCCCCGCCAUAUGCGACAAGGCUCGGCAGAAGCAACAAAAGAAAGCCUGCCCCAACUGUAACUCUGCCCUCGAGUUGAUUCCUUGUCGAGGACACAGUGGUUAUCCAGUCACAAACUUCUGGAGGCUUGAUGGCAAAGCAAUAUUUUUCCAGGCUAAAGGAGUCCAUGACCACCCCCGGCCAGAGAGUAAACUGGAGGCAGAGGCAAGAAGAAGUGCAAUUAAGAAGCAAAUGUCCUCUUAUCACCACUCCCAGAAAAAGAGAUCUCUAAAUUCAGAGGCAGGAAGAUACCCUGACAGCAGUGGUUACACCAAUAACCUACAGAAUUUUCACUGUAUGGAUGGCCCAGAAAGAGUCAGUAUCUUCACAGACACCAGUUUUUCAACUCCAGCCCAGUCUUACCCUUCGCUGCAGAACACAGACCUCUACAAGGCACCUUACGACCCAGCCAGCUUCCAAGAGGACCAGCUAUCGCCAUACCCUCCUAAAUGCCCAAAUCCAAGGAUCUACAUGCCCAUGCCAUGCAGUUACGAGUUUGGAGUUCCUACAUUUAUAAGCUCAAGUCCUUACCCAACAUUUUACAAAGAUCUGCCCAGUCCUGCCGUUGAUGCAGACCCCCUCACUGUGAACGGGUCUCACUACAACUCUGUGACCACCCAUGAUAAGAGCUUUGAUAACCCUGUCAGACAUUACGGAUUGAAACCAGCGUGGGGGAAAACCGGCAGUGGAGACUGGAGUGACUACGGGCAGAUGGCAACAAGUGCUCCCCACCCUUACUGCAGUGGAGACUAUCCCUGCAGGUACAGCCCCAGCCCCGCUCCCAUGGCCCCACCACUGCAGACAGUCAUCACCACCACCACCAAGGUGUCCUACCAGGCCUACAAGCCAACCACGCUGAAAUACAGUGACAACCUCUGCGACAUGAAAAACCUCCAGAGCUACACCCACGUGGCAGAAAACAUCUCAGGUGCUGUCUAUUCAGGGAUGAAGAUUCAAGAAGACUUUGGAAUGAUAAAGUCAGCGUUGCUCUACCAGCAUGACUCCAUCCCCACAAAAUCCAAACCAGCUGAGAGUGUGGAGAGCUAUCGGUAUGGGCUCCCUCUGGGGAACAGCUUUGCUGAGCAUGAAGGCCUAAGGUUUGAGAGUGCUGAAUAUUGA